UGAGGCACAAACGGUAAACGUGUGUGCGUGUCUUUGUGCUUUGUUUUCACGCUUAUUAGACAUAUAUUAUCUAAUUUAAACGUCACUUGCCAGUGUAAACCUUAAUUUGUGUGCUCUGUGAAGUUUUUGGGCUGCUUGCCGCGUGUGCUCGCAUCGUGCAGCCUCGGCACACUUCGGGCUCGCGGGCUCGGCUCCGCUCGGCUUUUGUCGUGCGUCGGAAGAAUGGACGAAGCCGACUCGGCCACGAAGGCGCUCGGGCUGGAUGAACCGCCCCUUACCGGGCCGAUCCACGGGCCGCCGGGGAUAGGCUCGGACACGGAGUCGGAGGCAGAGGCACAGGCGAUGGAGCCGGGAAACCUCGACAUAGGAGCCGGGUCCCUGCAGAACUCAGACGAGGCCGAGGCGGCGUUUGCAGAGGUGGCACGGGUGACUGCUGUGUCUGUGUCCGGUGUCCAUGGGGCAGAUGACAAUGUUUUCACCACAACAACCUCAGGGAGUCUUCCUGAACAUGUGCUGAGCGGCCGCACACUGCAGCUCGGUGAGGGCCUGAACCAAAAGGCGACUCUGAUCGUAGUGCACACGGACAGCAGCAUCGUGGAGGCGGCUGGACUCAAAUCCUCCUCCGCCAUCGCUCCAGUGUGCCCGUCUGGUGCACAGACACCCUCCACACCGCUCUCGCCUCAGGACAAACCCUCUGGAUCCAAAUACAACUGGGACCCUUCAGUGUACAACAACGAGCUGCCUGUGCGCUGUCGAGAGACCAGCGGCAUCCUCUACAAGAACAGGCUCGGAUCAGGAGGCAAAGGGCGAUGUAUCAAACACAACCAGCAGUGGUACACUCCCACAGAGUUCGAGGGUUUGGCCGGACGAGCCAGCAGCAAAGACUGGAAGAGGAGCAUCCGAUACGCAGGAAGACCACUGCUCUGCCUCAUACAGGAUCGUAUCUUGGUCCCUCACGCGGCCUCCUGCACUUGUGCCUCAUGCUGUGACGACAUAAUUCUAUGCGCCAAGGAAGGGGAGCAGAUUGAAUCAGAACAAAUAAUUUUGGGCGGUCCAGUUCGUUUGUUUGUCCCAUACAAAAGGAGGAAGAAAGAUGGCGAUCCUCCGGUCAUUCCCCAAAAGAAAGAACUUACCGUCCCAAAGAGCCUCACUCUCCCUCCAGGAACAUUCACAGUCACGCCCACCGGGCACAUCGCCACGACAACAGGAACUUUGAGUUUUGAACGUGCAUCAUCUGGAGAACCCUCUGCUCUGGACACACCCCCCGAGGUCUUCGCCAACGCCACAGUGUUGACGGCUUUACCUGCUUUAGCUGUAGCCCCACAACCGGUUCAGACCAAAGUGACUCUGGGGCCAGGCUCUUCUCUGCAGGGGGCAGGAUUGUCACACCAAGGGGCGGGGCUAACACUGGAGGUGGGCUCGGUGGGCGGAGUCAGUCCCACAGGUAACCAGGUGGACAAAAACACCUGGGUUUACCUGGAAGAGAUGGCCAAUACUUUACUGAGCAAUGUGCAGCAGCUGAAGAACCUGAUCGAACAGGCCAAGCAGGGCGCAGUGAUGGGGAAGGACUCCCGGAGAGAGUGCUCUUUGAACCAGUCUUUCGAGUCUCAGUUGGGAUUUUCUCACUCAGACGACUCAGACCCAAAGAGGAGCUCAGACCUCAACGAGAUCAUUAUGAACAUGUGUGUGAACUGCGGUCGCGUGGCCAUCAGUGAGUGCACCGGCUGUCACAAAGUCAGCUACUGCUCAAACUUCUGUCAAAGGAAGGAUUGGAAGGACCACCAGCUCACGUGCACUGGAGCUGUUCAAGACGAGGACCAAAUCCCGUCUUUGACCAUGGACAAAGUCAAGUGAAAAAAUAUGUAAAAAAUGUGAAUAUCAGUGUUUUACUCAGUACAAGCAACUACUGCAGUUUUCACAAAAUAAGCAUCAAGGGACAUUUUAUAAAGCUGUGAUUUCCAAAUACAUACUGGGACCCAAAAUGUGGCAUUGCUAUGAGCCCAAUCCAAUGAAACAUACUGGAUUGGAUUCUUGGUUAAAGAUGCACUAUAUAACUUUUUUGGUGGGGAGCCUGGUUCCUGCUAGUCUCCAUGGAGAUGUAAUUGCUUUGACUGAAAUGUCAGUAUGACAUUAAGACCCUCCAGACCCUCCUUCACAAAAGUUACAUAAUUCAGCUUUAAUGAGUUUAAGAGAUCAGGAGUAUAACCCACAACCUCACAAAUAUCUUGUCAUUUCAAGCAAACAAUUAUUUAUAUUUUACCUUUUUUACUUUAUGUCUAAAGAUAGUUGCGUAGUCCAAUAUGUAAA